UCUGAUCCGCUCUUGGCCUUCCUCGCACCGUUCCCCGUGGGAUGAGUCUUGUGAGGUCACAGCCCGGCUCUACUCCUCGCUGCAACUCACCCGAGAUCUCCAGGCCAAAGGUCAACCAUCACCAGGCCACACUCACAGACAGGUGUCAUUUCAGUUUUCUUCGCCUCAGCUGGGGGGGAGGAAGGGGGUAUGGAUAGAUCCCCCCCUGAACCUUCAUAGCCCCUCCCCCAGGGGGAGACAGGAGGAGGAGGGAGAGGAAGAUAGGGUGUUGGUAGAGGAGAUGGGUGAUAAUCUCAACACCAGUGUGGACUACAGCAGCAGACUCAGUAAUGGCAGGAGACAUAUCCAGGACAUGGAGAAUGUCAGAGCUCACCUUCAAAACAUGCUGAGAAGCACACCCACAUUGGAGACGGAGGCUCUCGCCCUGAAGCAAGCUGGCUGCCAACUGGAGCGCCUGAGCUGGAAGUCUGGGCUCACUGCCCACGCUGAGGACUACAAACUACCUCUCCACCAACAGAUGCUGCCAGGAGGCAGCAGUGUUACAGAGAGUCCCAACCAGUCAUUUAACAGUGACAGCACCUCACAGCUACUUGGUGGUGGGGUAGGAGGUUUAGAGGAGUUGUUCCCGCGUUAUUCUUCUCAUCUGCGUUCUGAUGGUGUCUUCUCCCCGGAAGCCACUCUCCUUAGGGAGAGCCUAGACAGGGAGAGGACCAGCCGCAAGCAGUGUGAGCGGCACGUGCUGGUUUUGCAGAGUAAGGCUCUGGAGCUGCAGCAAAGAUUGGCUCUCGCUUUGUCAGCUGACCGGAAGAAGGACGUCAUGAUCGAGCAGCUGGAUAAGACCCUGGCUAAGGUGGUUGAAGGCUGGAGGAAACAUGAGCAGGAGAAGAGUGAGGGAGUGAAGAGACUACAGCAAGAGAAGGAGCUGGCGGAGAGACGACAUACAAAGCAGCAAGAGACCCUUGGUCAAUUAGAGCAGUCUCUUGCUCAGGUUGCCGAGGCCCUGGAGCAAGAGCAGAAACACACUGAGGAACUACAGAUAACCAACAGACAGCUGGACCUGCGGCUGGUGGAGUUGGAAGGGUCUCUGUGUGAUUGUAGGCGUGAGUGUGAGCUCUUGUGUGUGGAGCGAGACGAGCUGCAUCUACAUGCCCAGGAAGCCCAGACUGCUCUGACCUGCCUCCAGGAGCAAACAGCCAAUGAGAGAAGAUCGCUGGAGGACCAGACAGUCCAGCUAGCCAAUCAACUACAAGAGGAGAGGGAGUGCAAGCAGCGAGAGGAGCAGCAUUUGUUGGAGGUAAGACAGGUGUUGGAGGAGGUGAGGGGAGAGUUGGCCAAAGUGAGGGGGAGACUGCUACAGCUGGAGGAGGAGAAACUGGAGGCGCGGAGAGAGUGGGACACGGAGCGCAUGGACUGGGCUCUGGAACAGGCCCGAUUUGAAGCCCAGCAUUCUCAGUUGGAAGUAAAGCUGAAACAGGAGACUGAGAGACUGUCAGCUUCACAGCAGGAACACAUUGCCCUGAAAGAACAGCACAGGAAUCAGCUGCUGGAUCUGAGUGCUCGCCAUGUGAGAGAACUUUCCUCCCAGUUACAGCAACACCAGCAGCACACACGGACACUCACCCAGGACUACCAGACCAGGCUGGCCCACUCCAAGCAGCAGUCUGUUUUGUUGGAGGAGAGCAGGAGGAGGCUCGAAGGGCAGAGAGAGGAGCUUGUGAGCAGACUGCAGAGUUUACUACGCUCCCAUUGGACAGAAGCACUGAGACUGCUCAGCACACAGGCAGAAGGGUCUUCUCUUCCUUCACUGUGGGACGAGCCCAAAGACUGGAUGAACCAACAUCUACUACAGGAACCAUCAUCUAAUUCACACAUUACAGUACAGUACAGAGCUGCAGCUGACACGCACAUGGUGCAGAGAGAGCAGGAGGGGGAGGAAGUUGCUCGCUUGGCACAAGAUGCUCAAGCAGUAGUCCUCCGACUCUCCAGAGAGAGAGGUGAAUUAAGUGGAGAGGGUGAAGCAAGAGCGAUAACAGAGGGAAGAGAGAGAAGUUGGGAGAGAGCGGCAGGAAGAGAAGAGAGUAGAAACCUCAGCGUGCUGAACCACACUCUCUCCUUCAACCUUCUGGAGCCACAACUAGACACCACCAACAUGACAGGACUUGAGGAGCUGUGUGACAGAGGGGGAGAUCUGAGGGGAUGUGUGGCGGAGGAAGAGGAGCAUAAGGGAGAAAGACAUAGAGCUGAGAGUGGAGAGAGGCAACAGUGGGCGGAGAGGGGUCCCAGCCUCACCUCUGGCCCUAGCUUUGACCCCGGAAGGAGGAGUGAACUACAGUACUAUGUCGCCAUGUUGUUAGAUCGUUCUCCAGGAGAGCCCGUGGAGAGUCUAGCUCAGGACAACACAGGUCUGGGGUCAUCGUGGGACAGUGUGAAGAUUCAGCUUCACGCCCCUCUGGAAACUCCCUCCUCCCCUGGAGCCAAAACCAGACACCCCACAUGCAAUUCAACUGACACAGGUCAGGUGUCAGCCCAGCUCAGGUCUCUCCUGGCGCAGUUCCCCUCCCAGCCUGACAGGGCGGCGCGCUCUCUGCAGUUGCUCUCUAAGCUGACCCAUGGGUCUGAUGGUGAGUGUGAGGAGAAGCCGAGCCGCCUGAAGAAGAGCGAACCACUCCUCCGGAACUCUGGAGUGUCCCGGUCCACAAAGACCUCUGAACUUGUCCUGUUCAGUAAUAACUCCACUUGAAGAAGCAAGUAGUCCAUUUUCCCUAAUUUCCCGAAAGCACAUUGAGCGGUGGGUAGCACCAUACAAGGGCUGUUGGUUUAAGAGGAGGAUACCUAGAGAAAAGGAAGGCAAGUGAGUGGUUCCAGUACCUAGCAGUACAUUAUGUUGUUCCAGUAUCUCUUCUGAAAAAGUAAGAAGGUUAACACUGUUCUAUUUCAAGAAUGUUACUUUCCGUUUACAGAAAUACCUGGCUUUCUUCCCAUACAAAAUUAUAGGAAGAAAGUUCCCAAAACAUAAAUGGCCCACGUGUCAAUGCAUAGAAUAUAAAACUGUCACAAUUUACAGUCCCAACUACUUCAGUGUGUUUUUAAAAAAUAUAUUUUUUAACACACAUAUAUUUAUAUAUUAUAUAUGGAAUUCCAGUCUGAUUCAUAUAUAUAUAUUAGCAAAAACAGCAAAUUGUUUACGUCCCAGAACAGUUUGUUUGUAACAGUUCAGUUCAACAUCAACACCCAAUCACCUGACCAGUUCGGUGGCCUUUUGUUCCUCUUUGGCCACCCUGUGGGAGUCUGACCAAAGCAGGGUGAGUAAACAGUCCAUCCUUGGUCUUGUUGCAUUAUGCUACCCCCACUAGACUGAACUCCAUCUGUUGUCGCAGACCCACUCACAAAAUAAGUGGUAUCAGAAGCAAGCUCUGCGUCCUUCUCACUACCUUUGUCACUUUUGUUCAUCCAUGAUCAGGUUGGGUAGAUCCAGAUCAGAAUCGUGGAGGCCUGCAUCCAAAUCAGGCUACAAGAUCUCUGCAGGUUUCCAUGCUUCGGCGUGUGUGAACACCCAGCUGUUGUCUAUAGUCAUCCCGGAGUUGUACGGCUUGAGUUUGUAUGACGUAAGGACCCUCAUAGGAUGGUAGGGGCUUCAUAACUUUGUCCCGCACCCACUUUAUACAAUUAAUUAAGUACCAUACUGUGUCACCAACGUUGUUGUGUAUCCUUGCAACAUUCUUGUCAUACUGCUUUUUGGCAUGCUCCACAGACUGACCCAGCUCUUCCCUUGCAUUCUGGUGAGCAAGUUCCAAUCUGUCUUGUAGCUGUGCCACAUACUGUGGAGGGGUCUUGGUGUGCUCAUGAUCGGGUGGCAAGCCAGCCAUCAGGUCGAUGGGUUCUGUUACUUCACUUCCAAGGAGCGUCAUGUUCGGAGUGAACCCUGUUGAGCUGUGCUUUGUUGCUCUAUAGACCAUCACGGAGAAUGGAAUCAUGAGGUCCCGGUCCCAAUGACAACGUUCUGUGGUGGUGGCUAAGAUAUUCUGUAGAGUGGCAUUAAAUCUUUCGACUUGCCUUUCUGAUUGUGGUCUGAUUCCUAUUCCACACAUUCUUUGGAAGACUUCAGACUCGAAGUUGGAGCCUUGAUCGCUGUGGAGUGUCUGUGGGGCUCCGUAGCGACACCACCAUUCAGCUGUCAGAACUUCAGCCACUGUCACAGCUUGAUCGUAGGCUUCCACCCACUUUGAAAUAGUCUUGAACCACCAAUAUGCAGCGAUUGUAGCAUUCUGUCUCAUUCAUGGAGCCCAUGAGAUCAAUGGCGAUCCUCUCCAUGGGUACUCCCAUGCAGACAGUGCCCAUGGGUGCUUGGGGCUUCCUCGGAGGUCUGGCUUUAGCUGCACAGCUGGUACAUGUACGAGACCAUAGUGUGACAUCCUCUCUCAUUCGGUACCAGUAGUAUCUUGUCUGCAGCCGGGCAAGAAUGCGUUCCACGCCAAAGUGACCGGCUACCUGGCCGUCAUGCAUCUGCUUCAUGAUGUCCGACCAGAACACAAGAGGUCUGAGUAUCUGUGGGUAAAACACUGCAUCUUCGGUACAGUAGAAGUGUCGUAAGAGAAUGCCGUCUUUGACAUACAGUCUCUUCCACUGGCUCCAAAAGGCCUUAGUCGCUGGCACGAAAGGCGACACAUCUCCCCAUGAUGGGCGGUCCUUCCUCGAGCCAUCUUUUGACGGGGCCUAUAUCAGAGUCAGCCAUCUGAGCUUGACAUAAUUCCUCAGUAGUCCAUCCAUAGAACAGAACAGUGUCACUUGCUUCAGUGAGGCAAAUCCGAUGUGUCAUCUUCACUCUCCUGAACACCUGACUCCACGUCAAAGGCAGCUCCAGGGAGUGUAGGCUGGGGUCUUCCCUUACUUCUACGGAGCUCUGUUCAGGGGGGUAUCUUCCACAGCAUUAUCUGCUAUGCUGGAGCCGAAGUCACAGUGCACUUCCUGGUUCCUGAAACAGUCAUUGUUCUGGGUAGGGUCCUGUAUAGUGCAGGGGCAAGUCUGGCGGCAGGGCCUCCUGGACAGGACGUCAGCAUUUUCGUGGUGGCGUCCUAGACGAUGCAUGACCUUGAAGCAAGACCAGGCUUCUCGAGCCACCCCGCCAGUUGACCUUCUGGUUCCUUCAUCCUUAUGAACCACCGAAAGCUGCUGUGGUCGGUGCGCACGAUAAAGGGUCUUCUGAGCAGGUAUUGACGACCGCCAGCUCCCAUACGCUAGUACGCGUUCCUCACUGUCCUGCAUUUGGGACACUGGUCCUUCUGUAGCUCAGUUGGUAGAGCAUGGCGCUUGUAACGCCAGGGUAGUGGGUUCAAUCCCCGGGACCACCCAUACGUAGAAUGUAUGCACACAUGACUGUAAGUCGCUUUGGAUAAAAGCGUCUGCUAAAUGGCAUAUAUUAUUUAUUAUUACAAGACGGCUCCAAUACCGAAGUUGCUGGCGUCUGUAUAAAGUUUGAGGUCGCCGCUGUUGAGUGGAUAGCCCAAAUUGGGCGUGGUGGUGAGGCGUGGGCGUGGUGGUGAGUAGAUACUUUAAUUCUUUGAACGCCUCCGGGCACUCUCGCGUCCACUGGAAACGAGCAUGUCUCUUUGUAAGCUCAUGAAGGGGCUUGUCUACAGCAGCAACGUUUUUGACAAAUUGUCGGCAGUACGAGGCCAGGCUACGAACUGACGGACUACUGAAACACAGGUAGGCUGGGGGCGUUCUUGGACUUUCAGAUUUUUCUGGUGAUCUGUGGCGAUGCCAUGUUCAGAAACUUUGUGUCCAAGGUAGGUAACCUGUCGGAACCCACUUGGAGGGUUUCAAUUUCAGGUUGGCUUGGCGUCACCGAUCAACCACUUGUGCGAGGCAUUGGAGCAUUUCCGGGACAUCCCUUCCCAGGAUGAUGAUGUCAUCAACAUAUACGAGGCAGGUCUCCCAUAGCGUUCUAGCCAGGACGCCCUCCAAUUAGAUGUUGAAACGUCGCUGGUGCGUUGCAGAGCCCAAAAGGCAUCACAUUCCACUCAGAGGCUCUUCCUGCUGCAGAAAGCGGCUGCCUUACGGGCCCUGGGGGUAAGCUCUACCUGCCAAUAGCCUGACGCUAGGUCCAAUGUGCUAAACCAUUUGGCCGUUGACAGGGUAUCAAGGAUACGAGGAAGAGGAUAUACAUCCUUAACAGUACGCUCAUUUAGAGCCCUGUAAGUCCACACAUAGACGGUAUGUCUGGUGGUCCUUUUGUGGCUUGGAGAGGCUACUCCAGUUUCUUGACUUUGCUGGAUCUACUGGUCAGUUACUGCAUCACAGGGGCCCAGGAAAUUUCUAAAUGUCAUGCUGUACAAGACUAGUGCAACCAAUAUCAGUGGGAAGAAGAAAUCCCCGUAGGUACUAAGGAGUUGAGCCAGCCCACAACUUUGUCUGCACUUAGCGCAGUAGAGUUUUCUGUUUACACCGACUGUAAGUGAUCAGGAACUGCUGGGGAGAGACUAGUUUGUGGUGGCAUGGAAGAAAUAUCAGUGGGUUGAACAACAUCUGCUGCCUGGAGGAAUCCGGCAGAGAUGGUCGCCUCGCUUCGCGUUCUUAGGAAACGAUGCAGUAUUUUGUUUUUUUAUGUAUUAUUUCUUACACUGUUACCGCAGGAAAUCUUAAGUCUUAUUACAUACAGCCGGGAAGAA